AAAGGGAAAAAAUGCCGUUGUUUUCGCUAGAAAAGAACACGAGAAGAUAGCGAAAGCUUGGGGGUGAAAUCCUGUGGUGUUUCAUGGACCAAGCUACUCGUUGAAGAGAUAAUUUCCCUUGUUUUGUAUUUUCUUUUUCCGAUUAAGAGGAAAGAACCAAGCAAAGAGGUGGUAGAGGAGAGGGGAUUCAGUGAGGAAGGGAGAGAGAGAUAGAUCCCUGGAGGUUUGCAGGAGGGGAUGGAACAGCUGUGGGUGCCAUCGCUUCCGAUUCUUGGAGUACGGUAUGCAUGGAUAUAGGUCAGGGACGUACAUGCACAUUUACUGAAUUGCUCGAACGAAAGAAAUCGCCAACUGCCAAGGUGGAAGGAUAUUGCCUAUGCUCAGGCACUACUGUGGCUUUGGAAGUCAUCAUCCCUUAACCUGGAGAAGCUUACAAAUUACUGGAAGAAAACAGAAGCAUAAUGGGUGUUGGAUUGCAUACUGCUUACCAAGCCAUAAUGGAACUUCUAUUUCAGACACAAAUGGUGUUCGAAAAGACUUAGCUUUGCCUGACAAUUUGCUUCGUGAUGCUCAUAUUCUCUAUUGUACAUCUCCUGCCAUGGGUCAUAACAAGGAAGCGCAUCCAGAAACUAACAAAAGAGUUCCUGCAAUAGUUGAUGCUCUCGAAAAACUGGAGCUUACUUCGAAGCAUCGUGGUUCACAGGUUCUUGAAAUUCAAGAUUUCCAACCUGCUUCACUUGAUGAUAUUGCACUAGUUCAUUCAAGAUCAUACAUAACUGGACUUGAAAAGGCUAUGAGUAGGGCUUCAGAUGAAGGUUUGAUAUUCAUUGAAGGAACUGGACCUACAUAUGCUACCCAGACUACUUUCCAAGAAUGUCUCCUUUCUGCUGGUGCUGGAAUUACAUUGGUUGAUUCAGUGGUUGCAGCAUCAAAGUUGGGCCCGAAGCCACCGCUCGGCUUUGCCUUAGUAAGGCCACCAGGACAUCAUGCUGUUCCUGAAGGUCCCAUGGGCUUCUGUGUCUUUGGGAACAUUGCAGUGGCAGCUCGGUAUGCUCAGAAUCAACAUGGUUUAAAGCGGGUCAUGAUAAUAGAUUUUGAUGUUCACCACGGUAACGGCACAUGUGACGCCUUUUAUGAGGAUCCGGACAUAUUCUUCCUCUCAACUCAUCAGCUUGGAAGCUAUCCUGGCACCGGUAAGAUCCACCAAGUUGGCCAGGGCAACGGCGAGGGCACGACGCUCAACCUGCCACUACCCGGUGGCUCAGGCGAUUACGCGAUGAGGUGCGCGUUUGAUGAGGUUAUUGCCCCAGCUGCCCAGCGGUUCAAACCUGACAUCAUCCUCGUUUCAGCCGGGUACGACGCGCACGCGCUGGACCCGCUGGCGGGGCUGCAGUUCACGACGGGGACGUUCUACAUGCUGGCGGCGAGGAUCCGGGAGGUGGCGGCGGAGCUGUGCGGCGGGCGGUGCGUCUUCUUCCUGGAGGGCGGCUACAACCUGGAGUCGCUGUCCAGCUCAGUGGCCGACACCUUCCGUGCGUUCCUCGGCGAGCCCAGCCUCGCCGCGCGGUUCGACGACCCGGCGAUGCUCUACGAGGAGCCCACGCGGAAGAUCAGGGAGGCCAUCGACAAGGCCAAGCACCUCCACUCGCUCUAAGCGCGGCGCCCAGAAGAUUGCAACAGUAUCUAUACUUGGCUGCUGAAACUGCUUGCUGAUGCUGGUCAACAACUCAAGAUCAUAUUCAUGUCUUGUUAGCUUUUGCACUUUCCAGUGUAGCAUUGUACAUCGGAAAAGCACGGCAUAGUCAUUUACAUCUUAGUUGCUGUGAAUCAGAUACAUUCGAUCGCAAGCUUGUCAAUAGUUCAAUACCAGUUGUGUAGAUUAAUACCAGUACUACUGCGAUUACUUGCAUCUUUCUACUCCAGUUAGUGUCCAGUGGAACCUGUCGAGCUAUCAGCAUUUUGUUUUAUAAUACAAAAGCUGACAUUUUUUUCCCCA